CUCUCGUUCAAAUCAUUUCUUCUACGAAUUCCAUUGGUUAUUUCUUAAGAUAUAUAAAGUGUUAUACCGAUAAUAUACAUAUUUAGUUCAAUUGUUGCUUUGAAGAAAAAAAAAAUAAUAUAUUUUGAGAAACAUCUUUAACGCAAGAAGUUUUUACAAUGACUCAUGGAUCCGAUUUGGAUUUUACUGAAAAUAUUAAUGAUGGAAACAAUCAUUUACAACAACCAACAAAUGUGAUCCAAAUGGAGCAUACUCGAAUGGAAUAUAAUCAAAUAGAACAUAAUCAAAUGGAACAUACUUCAAAUGCUCCAUAUAAUAAUAACUUUAAUAUUUCUUGCAACCCUUCAGAUACAACAACUUACAACACUGGCAAUAACGAAGGGUCCUCUUUUAUGGAUAAUCAACUUGGUACUUCAACUCAAUACUAUGAUCCUACGUUCACUACAUCGUAUCACGCGCCGCAGUAUAACUCUCUUCUUGAUGAUAUUCAAUUCCAAAAUAACUUCUCAUCAGUUAAUAUUCCUCAGACGGAUAAUUCUGAGAUCUUUAGACUUAAUAUUCCCGGUUUCAAAAUCAUCGUUAUACCUAAUUCUGUAAAUUUAGCUAAUUUGGAUUUACAAAAUUUGUUUCCACAAGACUCUAACCCAAAUAUCGUUACUAUUCAUUUGAUUUUAAUAACUUUUAGUAACUAAAUUUCUUUUUAUCUAAUUUAUAUUAUUAUUAUUUCUUAUCUGUAUUUUUUAAAUAUUUU